CCAUCUCACCCACCCAAAAUACCUCGAAAAAAAAUCUGCACCUUGCCGUCCCCAAAGCCAAAGCCCCGCCGGGUCUCGCUCGCUUGGCUUUUGCUCUUUUCUUGCCCCCGUCGCUUAUCCCGAAGCAUCCUCUCUCUCUCUCUCUCUCUUCCAUGAGCUGAGGCCGCCGAUGGGGCCGCCCGCCGCGCAGGACGCCGCCGUGUCGCCGUCGUCGUCGUCCGGGGGCUCGUCGAGGCGUCGCCGCCGGCUCGAACGCCGCAACGCCGCCAAGCACAUCGGAUACGACGCCACGCUCUUUUGCAGCUACCCGCAGUCCCCGCCGGCCUCCUCCGCGCCCGCCUCUGGGGCGGCCUCGCUCGCUUGCUCGCCGGCCUGCUCCCUCGACCUCACCAGCUUCCGCAUCGGCGGAAGCGGCGACGGGAGCAGGGACGUGCAGCUGCUCUGCUCCAGCCUCGGUCUCUCCGGCGUCGACGACUUUGCGAUCCCCAUCGCUGACUGGGAGGCGCACAAGGCCGGCCGGUCGUCCUUCUCCCCCUCCACCCAGCCGCGCGACGAGCCCCCUGCGAGGGACUCCCCGCUACGCCGCGAGGCUGCCGAGGAGCCGGCCCCGCCCGCCCCCACUGUUCCCGUGCUUCCGGCUAACGAAGCGCCCAGGGAAGCGGCGAUUGAAGCCCCAGCGCCGCUGGUACGGGUGGAUCCGUGGGAGCCCGCCCGUCCAGAUGUGAAGAAAUCGAGCACUGAGGGAGGGAUCAAGGGCGUGCGCCCGCCGCCGGUUGUGCUCAAGCCGCCGCCGUCGAGGGCACUACCGGCGGUCUGCUCGGUGGAGUCCACGUGGGAUAUCUUGCGGUCGUUCGCGCCAGAGGAGGAGAACCACCACGCCCCAGCGAGCAGAUCUGGUUGUGAUUCUGCACGCCAGGACGCGGGAGAGGACGAGGAUGAGGCCGCAGUAUUGACGUUGGAGGAGCUCAGGAUAGGGGAGACGUCCGAGGAAUUCACAGGCACGUCUUCGCUGUCGACGACUAAUGAUGACGAGACGUCGAGCACAACCACCGAGUCCAUGUUCUACAUCUCGCCGAAUGGGAGGUUUAGGAGGAAAAUCCGGUCGUGGAACCGAGGGAUGCUCCUGGGAAGUGGCUCGUUUGGGACAGUCUUUGAGGGGAUCAGCGACGAGGGUGUCUUCUUUGCUGUCAAAGAAGUCUGCUUGUAUGAUCAAGGGAGCAAUGCGCAGCAGUGCAUUUUUCAGCUUGAGCAGGAAAUUGCACUCUUGAGUCAGUUUGAACAUGAAAAUAUAGUGCAGUACUAUGGUACUGACAAAGAGGACUCAAAACUGUACAUCUUCCUUGAAUUAGUGACCCAAGGAUCUCUAGCAUCUUUGUAUCAGAAGUACCGGUUGCGAGAUACUCAUGUUUCAGCAUAUACAAGACAGAUUCUUAAUGGUUUGACUUAUCUGCAUGAGCGAAACAUUGUUCAUAGGGAUAUCAAAUGUGCCAAUAUAUUGGUGCAUGCCAAUGGAUCCGUGAAACUUGCCGACUUUGGUCUUGCUAAGGAGAUUACCAAAUUGACCGCACUUAAAUCGUGCAAAGGAACCGUUUAUUGGAUGGCACCUGAGGUUGUUAAUCCCAAGAAAACAUAUGGGCCUGAAGCUGAUAUAUGGAGUCUGGGCUGCACAGUCCUAGAGAUGUUGACGCGUCAACUUCCCUACCCUGAUCUGGAAUGGACACAAGCUUUAUACAGGAUUGGGAAGGGGGAAGCACCAGCAAUUCCAAAUUGCCUUUCUAGGGAUGCUCGUGAUUUUAUAAGUCAGUGUGUAAAACCCAAUCCAGAAGACAGACCCUCUGCGGCAAAGCUGCUUGAGCAUCCUUUCGUUAAUAGGUCAAUGCGGUCAAUAAGAUCCAUGAGAACAUCUUCGCGCUCAAACUCAUCAAUACGCGGCAUGAAUGGAUAAAAUGAGGACGGCUUCAGAAUAUUGGUGGAAAGAUAUUAGUUCUUGAUAAUCAUGUGGAGCUGGCCGGAAAGGACGAUUCGUUACCAGGAAGCAAAAUUGUCAACAGCACACUCGUCAACCCCAACCAUUGCGUUUCAUUUGUUGAUUCUUUGUCAUACUUGCGCGGCGAGGGGAUAUGUCGUGGUUUAGUCAGCGGCUGAUAUUCUGCCCGGAAGAAUAGAUUAAAUGCGCAUUCAAGCGCAUGAGUGUAAGUAGGAACCGUCGAUGUAAAUAUGCAUGUUCAUGGUGGUGAUUUGUCUUGCCAUCAUAUGCCAUGCUGUGCUGCCAAACUUUGGAACUUCCGAUGACAGUAGCUUAGGUUGGAGCUGCCGUGCAUGUCUUCUUGUUAGAACAGGGGGUGCACGGUAACUCGUCAACGGUUUCUGUGUUGGGUACGAGGAUUCUCAAGGAAAAGCUACGAUUGGUUGUUGUUCUCCA